UUUUAAUCACAAAGCCAGAUACCUCCCCACUGAAAGGAGGAAGUGAGAGGAGGAUCAGCUCUGUGUAUAGCUAGCUGAAAAAAAAGAUGAGAAAACCCUUUAAUGGCAUCUGCUGUGGCAGUGCUCGGGUACUACUAGCUGAAUGCUUGAGCAAACAAUGAUGAAUUCUUUGAUAAGAAGACACAUGGCUCUCUGGACAACGGAAAUGACGGUAUGUUACCAAGUAACAGAUAUUCUCCCUGGGGAAACUAGAUCCAUGGAGUCUUCCUAAAGAUCCCACAGUCAUUGUACAAUGCCGGUAGCAGCGGGUCCGCUAUGGUGAGCACAAAGGACAAAGAAGUUCUGCAAAUGAAUAUCACAUUGAGGGAUACAAAGUAAAGGAAGGAGACAUGUCAGAAAGCUCCUCAGGUGUGAACACAAGCAGUAACAGUUUCUCUAAAUCCUAUUCAUCGCACUGCUCUGAACUAAGCGAAACCAACACAUCUUUACCAGUCUUGUCAAGAACCAGGCGAGUAUUGCAGCAGAGCCGUGAUUCCGGCAUCUCUUCUCCACUUCCAUGUGAUGCGUUCAAAUAUCUAACUUGGCACAAGUUGAAAGAACAUGAUGUACAGGGGACUCAAAUUCGUUGUCCUAGAGUGAGAGAAGGGCCGGCGGAGGAUGAACUUGUAAUAAGAGGAGAGUCUCAUCUAUUCCAAGAAAGGACACACACAAAUGAUAAAGAGAUAUGGAGGCAGAGACUGCAAGAAAACUGGGAGAAUUGUCUGAAUCUAAACCUGUCUUAUCAAGAUCUUGGAGAUCCUUACCAAGAAAACAACUUUCUGCGUAUUCUGCGUCGCCUGAUAAGAGUAGAAAGGCUUUGGUUGGUUGACAACUCAUCGAAAGACUUGAGUGCCAUUCGUUUGCCAAGGUGCAAAGAGUUAAAUUUAAGCAAAAAUCACUUUAGGUCCUUUAAGCAGCUGCCAAAGCUUCCUGCAAUCCAGCACUUAUCACUUGCAGAGAAUAACAUUGAAUCUUUAAGUGGGCUUGAAGACUUAAAGCAUUCUCCAUUAGAGUCACUUGUUCUGAAGUCCAAUCCAUGUGAAUUUUUAGAAGACUACAGACUACGAGUAUUCUCCAUUUUGCCAAACUUGAAAACUUUAGAUGGAAUUCCAAAACUUCCAGAGGAUUGGUCUGUGGCAGAGGAAAGCCAUUUUAUAACAAGCAAGUGCACAAUUUUGUAAUGAUUUCCUGCAUUGGUGCCUGAUGUAUUCAAGCUAAGCAGAACUGACUGGUAACAAGCAGCUUAUUUUCUCAAGGUGCUGAGCACACUGU